CUCCGCCGGCGCGCUGUCAUUCGCAAGGAACGCAAGCGCCGGACGGCCGCGCUGCGUUACCUCACACAAACUCAACAAAUCUACCCUCAUCUAUAAAACAAUAAUAAACAAUUUUAAUCAAUAAUAAGUUAAUAACAAAUCAAUUUAAUUAUUAAUCCUCGUGAGAAACACGCCCGCGCCGAGUGAUAAUUUGUGUAAUGUGUUAGUAAAUACAUAUGUUAUUAAUUAAUGUAACAACGAAGUGAAUUUGGACUAAGCUGGUGUCUGUGAUAACGAAACUGAGACAGUGGAAGAUUCAUGAGUUCUUUUAAGAUUAUGCCAUUGGAGAGACCAAUUCCUGUCUUGAUUGAAAAGACUCAGAUGAACGGUGAGCACGCCGGCUCGCAGUGCGGUCUAACGUCCCUGCUGCCGAUGUCGUGCCGCGGGCGCGCCGCGGCGUUUGCGCGCGACCUGCACUCGCGUCUGCGCAACCUCGGCGCGCACGACACCGACGAAAACAGCUGGCACGCCAAGGAGAACGGUGCGCCCCACCGGCACCCCAACCCCGCUCAGCACGACCUCGAUACAUUCUACGACUACGAGCUAGAAUGCGAAAGCCCCUCUAGCCCCGUCGACGAGUUCGGCCCGCCCUUCAUCGAUCGCUCGCCCACCGACGACGAACCCCCUUUCUACGAUGUCGACGGUGAACCCGCGGAACAGACAAAGUUGAUGAUGCCCGAAAAGAAACGGAACGGAUUCAAGUUCUCCACAGCUUUUUACACAGAAGGGUCUCCCGUGAAAGUGCAGCCGGUCGCACGUGAAAAUGGCACUGCCGAUAAAAAACUGUUUUCUCCGAUCACAUUUGAAGGCUGCGCGCGACAUAACAGUUAUGAUGAAAUCGACUGCAUCGCCAGGCCCUCCACAUUGGAGACAGACAGACUGAGUCUUCCCACACUUAACAGUACGAACAUAGACAGUGAUUCGGAAUUUGAAUCAGCAAAAAGCGAACAGUCCGAAUGUGUCGAUGAAGUAUUCUCGAACGAAAAACGACCAACAAACGAUGUCUCGGCAGUCUUGGAAACUCUAUCUCUUUCGGAAGUCGAGCCUAUUGAAGAGGAAGCAGUAGUAGAACAAAAUCAAGAAAUUAAAGAAAAUCACAUCAAUGUAGAAAAAAAUGAAACAUUAGAAAUAGUGACCAGUGAAGUCCCCGAUGAUAAAGAAUUAUCCCCCGCACCUGAAAUUGAGCCGUCACUUCUUAGCGUAGAAACAAAUGAUAAAGAGGAGCACGAAGAAACAGACGACAGACCUCAGAGGCUUCGGCGAUGCUCGUCUCUUAAAACCGGUAAAACACCACCGGGCACACCCGGGCAUAAGAAGAUCGUUCGCUUCGCGGACGUUUUGGGUCUCGAUUUAGCGGACGUCAAAACAUUCAUGGACGAAAUUCCUGUCAUUCCAAAGUCAGCGUACGAUGACCUGACGGGAUGCGACGUGGCGAGCUCGCCGCCCGCGCGGCCGCCGCCGCGGCUGGGCGCGCUCACGCUCGUGCCGCUCUUCGUGCUGCCGCGCGACGUCACCGACAAGCUAGAAAUACAAAACGUGUGUCUGGAGAGUGCUCGGGUGUGUGACGGUGUCCACGUGACGAUCUGCGGCUCGGUUCGCGUACGCAAUCUGGACUUCAACAAGACAGUGCACGUUCGCUACACAAUGAAAAAAUGGAAAACGUAUACGGACCUGCAGGCGAAUUACGUUCAAGGCUCGUGCGACGGAUUCUCGGACCGCUUUCAGUUCGUUCUAUACGCGCCGUGCAUAUCGUCCGGGCAACGCCUCGAGCUGGCCGUCCGCUUCCAAUGCAAGGGGAAGCAAUUCUGGGACAACAACUGCGGAGCGAACUAUUGCUUCGACUGCCUGGCGCUGGGCGCGCUGGCGCCGGCGGUGCCGUCCUCGUCGCCGCAGAGCACGCCGCUGCACCCGCAGAUGGAGUGGCAUCCGUCCUUCUACUGACGCCAAGGCGGGUAACGUCGACUCCGAGGAGCGCUCCUCACUAGUCACAUUCCUGUGCCUGUUCCAACUGCGGUCAGUUCCUAGGCGUUACUCGGCGACGUCCUAAAUUAUUGAGACUUCGAGCUGUAAAGCGUUAUUGUGAUACAUUUUAGCGUAGGUGUAGAUAUUAAUGCGACGAGUGCGCGACUCGUACCGAGUGCCAUUUGCAGUAACGACUUUUCGUGUUAAUGUAUAUUUUAUCGAAUCCGUUUGUUUCGUACUUUUAACAAUAUACUAGUGUCCACAGGGACAAUAAAUUGUAGGAGUAGUGGAACUGCAGAGCGGUUCAGGGCAGGAGUGUCCUGUUCGAGAGAUCAUUGUGAAUGCUAUCAUAUUUUAGUACGUUUAUACAAACAAUAAGCCUUAUGUAAUAGAUCUACCUAUGUCGAAUUAUGAGCGGAACCGUCAUGUAGUUAGAAAGAUUUUAAUAUUCACUCUGUCAUCUUAUUGAACUAUUUAUUAAGAUUAUAUCUGUGGUGACAUAAUAAUGUCACCCCUGUUAGAUCGUUGUAAAGUUUCUAUUAAGGUCGAUGUGUGUAAGACCGUCUACACGCUCUUUCGUCGCUUCUAACUCUUGCGCACACACACAUACUCCACUUACAGAAGGUCGGUAGAGCAAAAAGAGCGAAGCUCUUCCUAUCUGACUGUGUGAGCGAAGUACGUAAGUUUACGAGAGUUCUUUGCCUUGGGAAGACAACCAAAAUUUUUAUGUCGGUCUUAUCCACAUUGAUUUUAUUAUUAUUAGCGUUAACGAAUAUAUGUCUGAGUACUAGGUAAGUCACGUAUUAAUGCGAUCACCAAGCAAUUUGUAGGUAACUAUGAGGAUUAUGUGAACUGUUUUAUACUUAUUUACAUUGAUGUUAUGAACUGGAUAUUUUAUAUUUUUGUAUAGCCACGCAGACAUGACAUAUUUUCCUAUAAAGAACUGAUAUUAGUCGUUGAUUCGGUUUUGAGAUUUUAACCAACGAAUGUUAUAGGAGUACGAAAUUAAAUUAUUAUUAAUUGUAAGCAAUAUCAUACUAUUUAUUAGACCUUUCUUUAUGUGUAUAUGUACCUGAAUUCUUUUAUAUGUGGCCAUAUGAAUUUAACUAAAUCUACAAUUAUAAAAUGCCAUCUAAUGAAUUAUUAUUAUUUGACACUUGUUUUAUUAACUAUCAACAUAAUAAAUUAAUGUGCAUAAUAUCUUUA